UUGUGAUUGUGAAUUGAGAUUUCUCAUUUUCCAAGUUUUAGUUCUAGCCAGCGUAGUCUAGUAGUUUAAAAACCAAAUUUAGUCAACAUGCGAGUUCUAAAAUUUCGGAGAGCUCCACACUGGAAGAUGUGCACUUUGAUGUGGCUGGGUUUCUUCGGCUGGAUCAUGAUAUCGGCAGUGGUUGGUCUACGCCAAUAUUCUGAAAAUGAUUUACGGAAGCUACGCGAAAGAGUGCGGCGCAUGUUUGAGCACGCCUACGAUGGAUAUUUGCGGCACGGAGUUCCCUACGAUGAAUUAAGACCGUUAUCCUGCGACGGUAUUGAUACGUGGGGUAGCUACUCCUUGACCUUGAUAGACGCCCUGGAUACCCUGGCAGUGAUGGGAAAUUACACGGAAUUUGGUCGAGUCGUGACUUUACUAAGCGACCAGUCGUUCGAUGCGGACAUCAAUGUCUCCGUAUUUGAGACGAACAUCCGCAUCAUCGGUGGUCUGCUCUCUGCCCAUCUGCUGUCGCAACAGGCCGGAGUGGAAUCCUUGGAACUAGGAUGGCCAUGCAGUGGUCCGUUGCUUCGAUUAGCAGAAGAUGUAGCACAACGUUUGCUUCCUGCAUUCGAUACCGCGACUGGAAUGCCGUACGGCACUGUAAAUCUUAGACAUGGUGUGCCCUACGGAGAAACAUCCGUAACAUGUACAGCCGGAAUAGGAACAUUCGUGUUGGAAUUCGGCACACUGAGCCGUCUCACGGGCAACUCAAUCUACGAACACGUGGCGACCAAGGCCAUAAAAGCAUUAUAUGCGCAUCGCUCCCCAAUCGGUCUCUACGGUAAUCAUAUCGACAUUCAGACAGGGCGCUGGACCGGCCAAGAUGCGGGGAUUGGUGCUGGAGUAGAUUCGUACUACGAAUAUCUGGUGAAAGGUUCGAUUUUGCUCGAGAACCCAGCGCUGAUGGCCACCUUUCUUGAGGGCAAAGCUGCAGUCGACCGCUAUUUGAAACGGGACGAUUGGUACGUUUGGGUUAGCAUGACGAAGGGUCAGCUUACUCUGCCAGUAUUUCAAUCGUUAGAAGCCUAUUGGCCCGGACUACUGAGUCUCUUCGGUAGCACUACGGAAGCGCUUCGUGUACUGUACAGCUACCAAACCGUGUGGCGUCAGUAUGGAUUUUUGCCCGAAUUUUUCAACAUUCCCACUGGCGAGGCCGGUACGAAUAGGGAAAACUAUCCGUUACGCCCGGAGCUGAUAGAAUCGGUGAUGUAUCUGUAUCGAGCGACAAGCGAUCCUUUUCUACUAGAGUUAGGUGAAAACAUACUGGAGAGCAUCGAACACAGUGCAAAAACUGCCUGUGGAUACGCCACCAUUCGAGAUGUGAACAACCAUCAGCAGGACGAUCGAAUGGAAUCCUUUUUUUUGGCAGAGACAACCAAGUACCUUUACCUGCUUUUUGAUACGAAUAAUUUCAUUCACAACGAUGGGCGAACCAGUAGCAUUGUAAAGACUGAUGAGUUGCAUGGGGAGUGUGUUCUCGGUGCUGGAGGUUACAUUUUUAACACUGAAGCCCACCCUAUAGAUCCUAUGGCACUUCGUUGCUGCGAAGCGAAACACACAAACAUCUUUUCCAACAAUGUUCAGCAACGCGGCCAGAUCUUUCGUUCCAGUAGAAAAACACGGUCAGAAAAAGGAAGAAAGAUGACGGUAUCCACUGAUCUAUCCAUGGACGAAGCAAUAUCCACACGGGAUGGGUUUACGCACAGCCAGAGACGAGAAACAGCUUCACAGGUUGCAGAAAACGUCGAUAAGUCUACUGGGAGCAUUAACAAGGAUGAAUCAGUAGCACAGACAGAAGGACCCACUGUCAUAGUAACAGUCGGUAAAGAAACUUUAGCAGGAACAUCCCUGCCAAGCAACGACAGAGACGGUGGUGAGCAUCUCACGGAAACUGCGGCAGAAAUUUCAGGAAAAAAAUAUCAGUCUUCGAAAGAAUCUAUAAUGGAUGCCGAAAUCGUCAGAGUAGAAGAUUACGAAAGUCUAACUGCGCCAUUUACUCCUCCACCAGCGCCGGGUGGAGCAGGAAUUGUGGACAGUUGGACGAGCCACAAUGCACCGGUCACUACGCUUUUACAAUUCGUGCAGGGAAUAUUUCCCCAAAAACCUCAGUUCGAGUAUGGGUGUUCAUCGGUCAAUGAAGAACGGAUACACUUGAUUAAAAAUAUCAAAAGUUCUGAGAAUACUAACAAAUUAAAUAGUUCAUCACUUCCUUUACUCUUGCCCAACAACUCGGCUUACCACUUACUUGCGUGUAGAGCGCAGCACUACACCGAGAGACUAACGUUGUUAGGGGAGUUUAUAAAAUCUUUCUAGCGGUAAAUAAAGUACUGAUGAUAGUUUUAGAAGAUUGGUGUCCAAUCUUUUUCGCCAGGAAACAUAAACCUAUGGGCGAACGAAUUGGGAGAAAAUGAGGUCCUGCUUUAUGGUGUUUGCGAUUCCUUGCUCUAUCACAAUUGUUGGAAAUAAACGUGAACAUUUGUGAUUGAA